AUGGGAGAUGAUAGUCAGAGUGAUUCAGAAGAGGCUAAUGGAGGCUAUGACCCAGCAGUUAGAAACAUAUUAGCCAGAGCAGAGAAAAGAGGAGGAAAAUCACUGAGGAAAAAAGAGCCAGUAAAGGACACCUCAGAGGAGAGUGAAGAUAAUGAUAGGGAUGAAGAAUCCGACAGUGAAGAGUCUUCAUAUUCCCUUUGGUCAACACCAAGGACUGAAGCUGAGGCACAGCAUAGAGCUUGGAAAAUGAUUGAGAAACGCAUAGAUAAAUGCUAUGGUGACCUAAGUAGUGUUACCAGUCCUGAAAAACAUAGAGAAUUGAGGGAAGAAUUAGAAGAGCUACAAAUAAUAAAGAAUGACUUGAAGAAAAAAGGAGUUGAAAAGCCAUCCACUUCAGGAUAUUCCUUACGCCCAAGAAAAGGGGAUAAGCCAGCUGGGAAAAUGUGUCCAGUUAUUGUUUGGGGACAGAAUUUGGAGUACAAGCCUCUGCAAAAUACAGACAUGUCAGACAUUCUUGAAAAGUUGCCUACUCUUCAGGAAGGAGCUCACCCUUGGAUUUCCAAGUUAGAAGAAAUUAUGGUGGGAUGGCAGCCUGCUAUGGGAGACAGCAUUUUAGGGGUCCCAGCUAUGGAAGAGAUCUUGCAGAGAGCAGGGCUUAACCGGUAUGCAGGGACUGCGGUAAAUGACCCAGAACUGUUUGCUGCGUGUAGAGCUCGGAUGUGGAGAUCACUGAGAGAUGUAUUUCCAACAAAUGUACAUCCAGAUAACAUUAUAAUUGAACCACUAGGACCACAAGAGAAUCCAAGAGCUUAUGUAUCAAAGGCUCAUCAAAUUUGGAGAAAUGUUACAGGAAACGAUCCAGACAUGCACCAAAUGGAGCAGUCUAUUUUGCGAGCCAAAAUACAAAAAGGGUUGCCCCAGCCAGUGAAAAAUAAAUUAGAGGAAGUGGUUGGUCUUGGUAGUAUGACAAAAGGGAUAUACACAGACCAUAUAGCACAUCAAGUGGAGUUGUACAGGAAGAAAGAGAAUGAGCAAAGAGAGCAUGAUCAAGAGAUCCUGAGACAACUUAACCAGAUACAUUUGGGAAAUAGCAAAAAGAAGGAGAAGAAACAAGCUGUGAUUAUGCAGAGCCAAUCUCAAUCAGAGCAGGCAAAAAUGCAACUGCAACAGGAACAGAUGCAGGACCGACCACCCCAGCUGAUGCCAGUAGCUCCUUUAGAUCCAUAUGCACAACCAGUCUUCAGUCAGUUGCAGACAUGGAGUGGAAGCAAUACAGAAAGAAACUUCAAUCCAAACUUCCACGCAUUUUCAGAAGCAUGUUAUAGGUGUGGACAACUAGGUCAUUAUGCACUUGACUGUUAUUGA